AUGCCAGUCAUCCCCGAGUCGUCGGACUUCCCAUCUGCGCCCCAAAAUGGAGGCAAUGAGGCCGAAAAGAAACCACCCCAGAAAGCGACUGCAGCGGACUUCAUAUCAAAGGGACCUCAGAUUCCAGACAAUAUGCCUCCCAAGGCUUCGAAAGAGGAACUCGAGGCACGCGCCAAGGAACUGAACCAGUCAUCCAAAUGA